GACACUGGAUUGUCUGGUCCAGACUCGAUUGUUUACAGACCGCUGUCAUAUAGCUGGAAUAGUGCUGAGUGCGACCUAAAAAACAACAACAACAACAUACAACUUGCCAUUAACACAUUAAGGGUUAAAGAAUUGACUUGAAUUGCGAAGUAACUGAAGCAGAAUGUAUAAGGCAUUGGUGUGUGUUAACGGGGUUAAAGAAGCAGAGUUAAAGAAAACGAAAGUCUACACGUGUUUGACUAAUACAGUCAAUUUACAUUUGUCUGGUAGAUAAUUAAAAAAUCUAGAUUAUGUAGUAUAUCUUUCCAAUAAGUACAAAAUGCUUACGCAAGAGCCCACUCGAAUAUCCGCCGGAAAAGAUUCCAGAAAAUGUUCAUUUCAUGAAUGCAAACAUUUUCGCAAAAUUCACACUUUAUAAGGAAGGAAUUUCGGAAAUCACUUAGCCCAAAGAUAUAAUUAAGAUUGUAUACAAUGUUAAAGAAAAUGUAACCAUAAUAAAACAUUUCUCUAAUAUAAAAAACAUGAAACUUUGUAAGUUUUUCAUAUUUGCGAAUUUGCCUAGUUCAAUCAAUUUCUAACGUACAGUGAAAUUCAUGGAGUGUUAUGACGUCACAAAACACGGUAAAAAUAUAUUGACGUCAUAGGUUAAAGAACGACGCGAUGUUCCUCGUCAUUUGUCCAAGUUCUACGAGACCUGUCGUAAAAUAGGAAUUAUUUAAAUUUCUUGUACAUAUAUCCUUUUUUCUAUAUUUGAACACCGUUUUCGGCUGCAUGCCAUUAUAUUGACUCUUGAUGUAUAGGCAAAGCUAAACCAGUUGACAUGACUUGGCUUUUGGUUGUGUGUAAACUACUUCUUAUCAGAUCCGGAUGAGAAUAGGUCUUCAGCAACCCAUGCUUGUCGUAAAAGGCGACUUGGUUGAUGAAUGUCAUUGUAUCCCAAUUGCGUGCGUCGAUGCUCAUGGUGUAAAUCACUGGAUUGUCUGGUCCAGACUAGAUUAUUUACUGACCGCCGUCAUUUGGCUGGAAUAUUGCUGAGUGCGGCGUUAAACAAACAAACGUCUUACCAGUGUAUGUUUAGCAUUGUAAGGGUUAGUAGAUGGAGUCCGGCUUAAUGAUGUAGAGCAGUAUAGUUAAGGGUUGCAAAACAACUAUUAACCUGGGUGCGGCGUUAAACAACAAACCAACAAUUAGUUAUCUCUUGAGGGACAAUGUCUUUCGUCAAUCCAUAUGUAUGCUAACAAUUCAUGUUCAGCCACCCUCCCCUAUGAGAACAUCGAAUGGUUAAUUCCUUACCACUGUCAAUCAGACAUGUUGCCAUAGAAUCUAACGUCCCGUCUGAAUGUACUUCUUUGUAUUUCAUCGCUUUGCCUCGUGUACGUAUCGACAGCUGUAUGUGCUCGACCCGUGUUCCGCUGUCUGAAGCUGAAAGGUUAUCUCUGUGGGAUUCCGCCUUUCUGGGCAUUCAUUUAUGGACAUUCGCCAGGGGAGAACGAUUCGACUGAUUAUAUCUGGGGAAAUAACAUACAAAUCGAUGAGCUGAUCUGAUAGUUUCUCUAUAAUCCCGCACAAGUGGUCAUUACAAAAAGUGUAUGGGGAAGAAAGCAGUCUGUUUUCAAUCAUGACCAUAAGUGAAAUGCUACUGAUUUUGAUGAUAACUUGUUCUGAUUUUGGUCCAGUGAAAAGUUCUGCCAUUUUUUGUAGCGUAUGUGAGGUAAAGCCAUUGCCAGAUUUCCAGAACAAGAGAGUUAGUGAGGGUGUUCUGUGGACAAAGACUGAUAUGACUAGUCGUGCCGAAUGUGCAGCGCGGUGCUCCCUCUUCAGAGUGAUAAAGUCCUUUGGAUACAAGGAGGCCAGUGAAGAAUGUGUGGCACAUACUGUGCCUCUCACAACACCAGCAGCAAUGACAUAUGCCAGUGAAUCAGGAUUCAACAUGUAUUCAACUUGUGCACCAGUUGACGGCGGUGUCAGCGCCUGGGCCCAGUGGACUGGACCAGCUUGCCCUCAGACCUGUGGGCCCUCACACACCAUCAUGAAAACCCGGAUACGAACCUGCACAAACCCGGUUCCGGAUAAAGGAGGAGCUAACUGCACAGAGAGUCUCUCGGAAACUGGCGACGUCAGCUGUGGUCUGCCCGAAUGUCCAAUUGACGGAGGUGUCAGCGCUUGGGGUGCGUGGGGCACGUUGGUAUGUUCACAGACUUGCGGCACCACAGCUACAGGAACCAGGACACGAACCCGAACCUGCACCAAUCCUGCUCCAGCUUACGGAGGAGCGGACUGUUCGGAGACUCUCUCCAGCACCACAAGUGAAAACUGUGGUUUCUCUUCGUGCCAAGUUGACGGAGGUGUCAGCGCUUGGGGGGCGUGGGGCACUUUGUUAUGUUCACAGACUUGCGGCACCACAGCAACAGGAACCAGGACACGAACCCGAACCUGCACCAAUCCUGCUCCAGCUUACGGAGGAGCGGACUGUUCGGAGACUCUCUCCAGUACCACAAGUGAAAACUGUGGUUUCUCUUCGUGCCCAGUUGACGGAGGCGUCAGCGCUUGGGGUGCGUGGGGCACAUUGGUAUGUUCACUGACUUGCGGCACCACAGCAACAGGAACCAGGACACGAACCCGAACCUGCAACAACCCUGCUCCAGCUUACGGGGGCGCGGACUGUUCGGAGACGCUCUCCAGCACGACCAGUGAGAACUGUGGUUUCUCUUCGUGCCCAGUGAACGGCGGUAUCAGCAGCUGGGGCUCAUGGAGUGGAUCAUGCUCACAAACCUGUGGCCCAACUCUGACAGUGACCAAAACCCGGACUCGAACCUGUACGAACCCCACUCCGUCUAAUGGUGGAUCUGACUGCACCGAAAGUCGCACACAAACAUCUAACGUCAACUGUGGUCUGCCCUCUUGCACCUCACCUCCACCACAUUUUGGAACUUGCAGCUCCACUUGUUCUGGGACGAACGUGGUCUGCAACAACGGUUAUUGUGUGUGUAGCAUAAUGUACGUCAAGCUUGGCAGCAGUUGUGUCCAGGAUUGCGGCGGAUCUGGAUAUGGAUCAGGCUUCACCAUCUUUCACGACAAAGUCCUGAAUGGUUACAACGACAGGACCGUCGACUCCAUUCAAACAAUUGACGCGUGUAUCAGUCUGUGCCAGGCGGAAUCGGGUUUCACUUGUAUUACCGCGGACUAUCAGCAUCAGUCAAAGACUUGCUACUUGAGCAAAACAGCUUGGUAUGAUGCAUCAGCGAGCUCGGCUGUCAGUAGCACCACGUAUCACCAGGUAAUUCGUAAUUGUGCUUAAAAGUCGGAAAGGAGAGGUCACUUGUAGCAUGUCAAGUACUUUUGUGUAUCAAGAGAACAAUUACGGCGAUGCCAGAAAAAUAUUGCUUUUGCAAGUUCGUGACUUUGAGGUUAGGCAGAUUUCAGGUAGAUCAAGUAAGAUGCCCUUACACAGCUCUACAUUAUCAGAAGCUAACGGGAUCAGGUGGUCAGGCUCGUCUCGCUGACUUGGUUUGUGCAUGUCAUCGUAUCCGAAUCGUGUGGAUCGAUGCUCAUGAUGAUAUCAAUCACUGGAUUGUCUGGUCCUGACUCGAUUAAUUACAGACCAUCGUCAUAAAGCUGGAAUAUUGCGGAGUGCGGCGAAAAACAACAACAAAAACACCGACUAUAUUUUUUUAACUCACUCACCCAAUUAUUGCAUGCAUAGUGUUAAAACCGGCGCACAACUUCACUCACCGUAAAAGGCGACUAACCGGGGUCGGGUGGUAAGGCUCGCUGACUUGGUUGAUGCAUGUCAUCGAUCCAAAUUGCGUGGAUCCAGGCUUAUGAUAUUAAUCACUGGAUUGUCUG